AUGAACUCAUGGGACACGCCCUUAGUUUAUCGCACAUACUUUGUCGCACGGUCUCAGACGUGUCUCAGCGGCUCUCCACCCUGCGUUCCCCGCCUGCCCUCGGUACGCGUGCCUCCUACGCGCACCGGAGAGGACCCCACCUGUUCUCCUCGCACUGCGCGCUUUCCCCGCUCGCCACUCACCACUGCGCGCCACUCACCACUGCGCGCCACUCACCACUGCGCGCCACUCACCACUGCGCGCCACUCACCACUGCGCGCCACUCACCACUGCGCGCCACUCACCACUGCGCGCCACUCACCACUGCGCGCCAUUCACCACUGCGCACCGCUGCCGCCUGUGAGCGUCGCAGCGGCGCCUGCGGGGAUUCGAGGCCAUCUGGAGCGCCGCGCCACGCGACGGUGGGGCGGCGGGCGGCAUGGCGGCGGUGAAGGCGAGAACGUGGGUCCCGCCAUCCAGCGCCAGCUCAAGGCGUUCUUCGCCGCCCACAAGCCCGCCGCCCGCCCCCGCACACCCACCCCGCCCGCCAAUAGCGCGCCGCCAGCUGGCAACGACCCGGGAGGAGGGGCGAUGGACAUGGCUCCCGUGGGAGGUGAUGACGUGGCACACGCCAUGGAGCAGUCAGCAGCGGCCAUGCCCGACUCCAUCCCGCGCAAGCCGCCCAAAUACUCCCCCAAACGCGGCUCCGCUGCCUUCGCCAUUCUCGUCACCCUGCUGCUGGAGAAGGUGAAGGGGUGGCAGGCAGUGCCAGUGGCGGAGCUCAUGGCCGCCUCCAGGGAUGCCGCCCUGCUGGCCUCCGUCAUCAGGUUCCAGGUGCCGAGUGACGAGCGCAGCAUGGGGGGCGCGCCGCUGCAGCAGUUUGCAUGUGGGUGGAGCAGCAUGGAGACCCUCGCCAGGCACAACCUCGUUGUCAAGACCGCCCACCCGCCCAGCUACUUGCUGUCGGAGGAGGGCCAUGCCGUGGCCGUGGACUGUCUGCGCCGCUCCAAGUUGCCGCUGCCCCCCGCCGCUGCUGCUGCUGCGCUGCCAGCAGCGGCGGCGGGCAGCGGAGGGGCAGCAGCGGGCAGCGGAGGGGCAGCGGCGGUGGGAAGACAGCCAGUGCAGUGGUCCGCGCAGAUGCUCAACGACCCCUUUGCCAUGCUCGACCUCCCAGGCAGCAGCGGGGUGGAGGGCGAGGAGGAGUGGCAGGUGCCGCCGCUGGCAGCGGGGGAGCGGUUCUCAGAGGCGUAUGACGUCAUCAUCUUCAUUGACAACCGCGACAGCGAGUGCCACGGGCCUGUGUUCGCCAGCCAGCUGUCGCAGCAGUUUGGGCUCGCCACUGAGGUGCACGCGCUGCCAGCGGGCGAUGCCAUGUGGGUGGCACGGCAGAGGGCGAGCGGGCGGGACUACGUGUUGGACUUCAUAGUGGAGUUCACGCGCGCUCACGACCUCUGGAUGGCCAUCAAGUCCUCCCGCUUCCGCGACCAGCGCCUGCGCCUCCAGCGGUGCGGCGUGCGUCGUCUGUUGUGCCUCGUGGACGGCUCACUGGACGACCUCAUCGCCUCCGACCCCAACCGCGCUGCAAUGAUAGAGGCGGAGAUGGAGGAGGGGGUGGACAUACAGCAGACGGCAUCGCUGCACGACACCAAGCAGCGCUACCUGGACAUCACCACCGCGCUCGUCUGCCGCUACAACGACGCCGCCACAGCCCUGCACCGCCACCUGCAGCACCACGCGCACGCGGGCGGCGCUCCCCCCUCACCCCCCCCGCCCUGCCCGCUGUACGGCGAGUUCGUGGCGACGUGCCGCUCCGUGCAGUCUGACUCCGUCUGCAACCUCUUUGGCCACCUGCUGCUGCAGGUGCGGUCGGUCUCAGUGGACACGGCCAUCGCUGUGCUGCGCCGCUUCCCCUCGCUCAGGGCGCUCGUCAACGCCUACCACCUCAUGGUGCGUGCCUGCCACCUCAUGGUGCGUGCCCGCCACCUCAUGGUGCGUGCCUGCCACCUCAUGGUGCGUGCCUACCACCUCAUGGUGCGUGCCUGCCACCUCAUGGUGCGUGCCCGCCACCUCAUGGUGCGUGCCUGCCACCUCAUGGUGCGUGCCUGCCACCUCAUGGUGGUGCCUGCCACCUCAUGGUGCGUGCCUGCCCAUUACUCGCUCUCUCACUACACCCCCUUUCGAGGGCAACCCAGAGGGGCAGGCGAUGCUGCUGACGCGCAUCACAGUGAAGGGGCGGCGCAUAAGCGAGGCCUGCAGACCACUCAUGCGUCCACGGUGCGGCGCCCCUCACACGUGCCGCACACACGAGCCCCGUUGCACGCCACGCACAAUGCACCCGCUCCUCCCUUCAUCACCCGCUCCUCCCUUCCUCACCCGCUCCUCCCCCCCAUCACCCGCUCCUCCCCCCCAUCACCCGCUCCUCCCCCCCAUCACCCGCUCCUCCCCCCCAUCACCCGCUCCUCCCCCUCAUCACCCGCUCCUCCCCCCCAUCACCCGCUCCUCCCCCCCAUCACCCGCUCCUCCCCCCCAUCACCCGCUCCUCCCCCCCAUCACCCGCUCCUCCCCCCCAUCACCCGCUCCUCCCCCCCAUCACCCGCUCCUCCCCCUCAUCACCCGCUCCUCCCCCCCAUCACCCGCUCUUCCCCCCCAUCACCCGCUCUUCCCCCCCAUCACCCGCUCCUCCCCCCCAUCACCCGCUCCUCCCCCCCAUCACCCACUCCUCCCCCCCAUCACCCGCUCCUCCCCCCCAUCACCCGCUCCUCCCCCUCAUCACCCGCUCCUCCCCCUCAUCACCUGCUCCUCCCCCCCAUCACCCGCUCCUCCCCCCCAUCACCCGCUCCUCCCCCCCAUCACCCGCUCCUCCCCCUCAUCACCCGCUCCUCCCCCCCAUCACCCGCUCUUCCCCCCCAUCACCCGCUCUUCCCCCCCAUCACCCGCUCCUCCCCCCCAUCACCCGCUCCUCCCCCCCAUCACCCACUCCUCCCCCCCAUCACCCGCUCCUCCCCCCCAUCACCCGCUCCUCCCCCUCAUCACCCGCUCCUCCCCCUCAUCACCCGCUCCUCCCCCCCAUCACCCGCUCCUCCCCCCCAUCACCCGCUCCUCCCCCUCAUCACCCGCUCCUCCCCCUCAUCACCCGCUCCUCCCCCUCAUCACCCGCUCCUCCCCCCCAUCACCCGCUCAUCCCCCCCAUCACCCGCUCCUCCCCCCCAUCACCCGCUCCUCCCCCCCAUCACCCGCUCCUCCCCCCCAUCACCCACUCCUCCCCCCCAUCACCCGCUCCUCCCCCCCAUCACCCGCUCCUCCCCCUCAUCACCCGCUCCUCCCCCUCAUCACCCGCUCCUCCCCCCCAUCACCCGCUCCUCCCCCCCAUCACCCGCUCCUCCCCCUCAUCACCCGCUCCUCCCCCUCAUCACCCGCUCCUCCCCCUCAUCACCCGCUCCUCCCCCCCAUCACCCGCUCAUCCCCCCCAUCACCCGCUCCUCCCCCCCAUCACCCGCUCCUCCCCCCCAUCACCCGCUCCUCCCCCCCAUCACCCGCUCCUCCCCCCCAUCACCCGCUCCUCCCCCCCAUCACCCGCUCCCCUCCCCCAUCACCCGCGCCCCUCCCCCAUCACCCGCGCCCCUGGCCCCCCUCUCGUCACCUGGCGGAGGAGCGUUGGGCGGAGGGGGGGUUGGCGCCCAGCCCGCGGGAGGGCUGCCUCGCGCUGGCAGCUUUGGACACAAAGCCCUCGCCCUGGCACUCGCUGCAGAUGCCGCUCCCCCUGCACGCCGCGCACGGCACCUAAUGGGGGCGAGGGUGGGGUUGCGAGGGGUAAGGGCAGGUGCGGGGUUGAAGGGGCGCAGCAGGUGCUGGGGGAGAGGCGAGAAGGGAAGGAAGAGACGAUGUGGCAAGGCAACGCAUUCUCGCUCCUUGGCUUCGUCCCAUCCACUCGCAUCAAGUGGCGAGAGGCACACACCCUCCCUCCUCCGCCUCACCUUAACCUUAGCAGCAGCGCCCUCGCCCUCCCCUGCCCUCUCCGACUCCCCUCCUCGCUGCAGCCCCACCAGCACCGCCGCCACCCCCACCACCGCCACUGCGCCGCCCACAACGGCUGCCAUGCCGCCCAUGUCGCCCUCCGCUGCCGCCCGCACAGUGCGGGGUUGUCUGGGGCGCGGGAGUGCAAGGGGGAGCACUGCGGGCAAGGCUGCUGGGCGCCAUGCGCCUGGCAAGUAA